UCUCGCGGACCGACGCGACCGACUUGUAUUCAUUACCUCGCGCUUUGUCCCCCAUUGUAAACAAACAGAUGACAGAAAACUCUGUUUAUUAAUGAAAACAAGCGCACUGACGUUUUAUAACCUAACGAAACAAGUAGCAGUGAUAAUUUUCAAAUAGAUUCUCGGAGAAUCUACACGACCGGCCGCAGUGAAUUUAGUGAGUUGCAAUAACCAUGCCAGGUUAGAAGGUGUAUUUUGGUUCGGUAUUUUAAGUGAAAGUAGCUUGAAUAUUGCUGUUUUUGUGUGUUAUUUCGUAUAUCCGCUGUGAUCUUUGAUCAUAAAGUCUGAGUGAAACGUUUAGUGUGUGUAAGAAUGGACAUGAAGGACAGCCAGUUGCUUCUUUGAAAGCGAAGACAUGGUCGAGUCCCCAUAACCCAUACCUUGUGGCAGUUUCUCUCGUCGGUAUCUGGUGCAUGAUCAUCUAAUAUAGAAUGCCGGCGCUCCGGCUCCUGGGGCGUAAAUGGCUGGCCGCCUCGGACGAUCUCGUAUUUCCUAGUAUAUUCGAACUCCUUUUCCGAUUCGUCUGGCUAGUCCUUAUCGCCCUGGUAGUGGAGGUCCUGUACCCUAUAACGUGGCAAUGCCAGACCGAAGGCUGGCACGGCGGGUCGUUCGUACGGCUGUAUCUAUGUGGCACACUCACACUGCAAGCGUGCCUGAUGCUACUACUCGCGGCGCUGGCCCAGCAGUCUGCGAGAGGCACCAUCACAGAGACGGAUAUACGGAAGCUCGUCUCACCUUUAUUGUUACUUAAAGUAUUCUUAGUAUUGCCCGAGGUUGGGUUGAAUGUAAUGGGGACCAUGUGGAUGUUCUGUGAAGUCAUAGAGUGUACUGUAAAGGAUAAGUUUUCUAGUAUUGUUAUACAAAGUAUAGUCCUAUUCAAUUGGGUUCAACUAGCCCUGACUGUAUUCGGUUUGUUCAUGGUGUUCGACCCCUUGGGCUCUGUGAACUAUGGCGACAUGCAGGACACUCCGAACCAGGUCCGACAUCACAGAAAAGUGACUGGGUUAUGGUCCCGAAGGUUCAGGUGGGCGUUUUGCUGGUUAAAGAGAGACGAACAUGGCAAGGAGGCCUUUCAACAGGUUGCUGCACUGCUCAGCGCUUUGUUCAGAUCAACUGACUUAGUCCCAUCAGACGUAGUAGCCGGAUGCGUCCUUCUUCGAGUGCGUCAAAAACGUGAAACGAGGGAAAUGCGCCGAAUACAAAUGCUCAAUGACGAGGAACCGAUUUACACCACUGACGUCAACAAAGUAUUCUCAGAAACACCGCCUUGGAUGAAUUUGGAUGAUGCGUUGCACUACCUCAGGCUUUCGAUAGCUGCAUACGGAUGGCCAUAUGUUUUAUACCGGCACUGUUUCACUGGUUUCUGUAAACUGGCGGGGCAUUUGACUUGCUGCUGUUGCAGGCCAAAGAACUCUAUAGUGACAGACGACAAUUGCUGCCUUUGCCACUUCGCCGGAGUCAAAUAUAUGUCAAAGCUCUCUGCAGAUGACAUCAUCUUCGCAUCGUUCAACAAUCGCGUCUUUGAAUUGCCGUUUUGCGUGAUAGCCGAUCACGAUCGGGAGAGCAUAGUGGUCGCCGUCAGAGGUUCCAUAUCAUUGAGAGAUAUUUUCACAGAUUUCUCGGCCGGUUCGGAAAAGUUUGAAGCAGAUGGUUUACCAGAAGACACGGCAGCUCAUAAAGGCAUGUCAAUGGGUGCUGCCAAAAUGUUAAGGCGGCUAAUGCCGGUGCUUGACAGAACUUUCCAGCAGUUCCCACACUAUGACCUCAUUCUAACGGGUCACAGUCUUGGUGCAGGCGUAGCAGUGUUAGUAGCACUCAAAUUGAGACCGAAAUAUCCUCAUUUAAAAGUGUUUGCAUUUUCAACACCAGCUGGACUAAUAAGCCGCGACGCAGCCCGGUUUACGGAGAGCUUUGUUUUGUCUAUCGGCGUGGGCGACGACCUAGUGAUGCGUCUCAGCGUACACAGCAUAGAGAAUCUGCGAACCAAGGUCAUUCAGACCAUACAUGCCACCAAGCUGCCCAAGUAUCGGAUUAUGCUGAACGGCUUCGGUUACGCGUUGUUCGGCGUGCCGGCGCGGGAUCUAGAAUCAACAUGGCGGCGGCCCGAGGACCUGGAGGCGAACAACUCGGACGACUCAGACGCACUGCUCGUGCAGAGCGUCUCGACCGUGAGUGCUGAGGCGGCGCUUGUGUCGCGAAACGUAUUCGCUCGGCGGUUCUCAUCGGCGCGAUUGUUCACAGCCGGCAGGAUAUUACACAUCGUACGACGCAAGCGCAUGGGAAUCGAAAAAAAAGUGCGCACGCAGGAGCCAACGUACGAGAUGCGGUGGGCGUGUCCUGAGGACUUCAUGGAACUACAAGUGAUGCCUAGAAUGCUGCUCGACCACUUACCGGAGAAUGUGCACCGCACGAUACAAACGGUGAUCGAGGAGAAACACUCAUACCGUGUAACUCAAGUAAUUUAAGCUUCAUUAAGCUUCAAGUGAUAUUUAGUAUGACUAUAACAGUGUUUUGUUGUAAACAUUUAAGUUGUUAUCACCUAGGCGUGAUACAACAACCGAGACCGGCUUCGACACUUCGAGGCAAACUUAUUUAAUAGGAGUAGCAAAGAAAGACAAGAUCGUCUCGAUAUCAGAGCAUUUUACGUUCAACUCAAUAAGUAGGAUAAAAAAGCAUAUAUAAUAAUCACUCUCUUUAAUUAUUAUAUGUUACUUAUAGAUACAUAAGUCGGUCGGUCGGAAGUUUGGGAAGGUGUGGUGUGCGGCUUUACAAAAUUUGAGUCUCAGUUUUAUGAAAAUGAUGGAACUAAUAUCUUGCGGAGGUAUAAAAUCUCACAAUGGUAAUAAAUUACAAAGAAUACGUAAAACAUUGAGAGUAGGAGAGAAAUGUUUUAUUUAAUUACAUAUUUGCUGUUUAACGUGUGUGUGUUACAAGAUUUGGCUACCCCAAUUUUCUGAUAAAUUGUCAUAUAAUUGGUAUUAAGGCAUUUAAUGAUUUUAACUCAUUGAAUACUAUGUGACAGUAACUUUGUAGAUUGUCCUACUGUAGAGCAGUAGAAACCGUACAUACACACGGGAAGAGCCGCGGUCAGAUCUAUCUGUAAAUAUAUGACAUACUUUCUGUAAACAAAAUAGUAUAUGUAUACCUAGAUAUAAUUAGUAUGGAGUAGUACGCCCUGUGCCGCGGGGAAUCCCCGCAUGCUUUGGGUCAACCAAUGAAACAUACCCUUGAACUAGGUAAAUAAGGGAAUUCAUAAUUUCUAUAGCUCAUGUGACCUGAGCUAAUCUGAAUAGUAUAAAUAAAGGUAUCGGCCUCUAUGCUUUGAUCACUUGUAUAGUAACUAGGUCCGUAUUAAUAACUAACCUAAGCAAAAUAAAAAAAAUUAUGAACAAAUCUUUUAUAAAAUAUACACCUCCGCAUGAUAGAUUCGCUGUUUAGGUAAGAUAGGUAAAACAGACGUCUAUUAGGUAUAAUUUUAAUGAUGAUAUUUUAGAACAUAAUAUAUAAUAGAUACGAAAUAUAGUUACAUUUGUAAUCACAAACAUUACCUACUAUGAAUAUGUAUCUGAUGUUUGUGAAUACGGGUAAGGAAAGAUCAUUGAUGAUUAACCCUUGGCAUGCCUGGUGGAAGUUACGUUUAAUACCUUGUGGCUCUCAAGGACCCACGAUAAAAUUAUAUGUAUUUAAAAGAAGGACAACUAAAAUAAAUUAAGGUAUUAGUUUUAAGUAUAUCCUAUCAUAAUUUUAGGGAGCCAAAUGAACAAAAAUAAACCAGAAAAUGUUCUGUGUUUAUAAAUAUAACAAAU